UGCACCAAACACUACCAUCAAAAUGACCACCUCCUCCCCAACCACCCGCACAGCCAUCGACCUCCUCGCCAGCCUCGCCACCAUCGUCCACACCAUCGCCACCAACCUGCACGCCAACCGCCUCGACCGCACCACCAUCCAAACCCUCCUGCAGGAAUACGCCGCCCGCGCCGAAUCCGACGGGAAGCUGAUCACCGCCUCGCGGCAGUCCGCGCGCUGCGCCGCACACGGCCUGCUGCUGGCCUACGUGCACAUGGAGUUCAUCGACACGCUCGUGCGCUACAACUUCACCGUCCCGGCGACUGCGGUGCGGUGGUAUAAUCCGAAGGCGCUGUUGAAGCGGUAUCGGUUGUCGCUGAUGGUGAUUCCCCUGCAGACGAGGGAUCUGCGCACCCAGAUGACGAAUAUUCGGGAGAAGGCGGAGUUGUUGGUUGCGGAUUUUGCGGAGUGUGGAAUUGAAAUUCCCGAGACGCCGAUUCAAUAUCGCAAGGUUAACCCGUCUGAGCCUGUCGGGGCGCCGCCGGAAGCAAUCCAUGAUCUGCUUCGAAGGGGCACUCUUGCGGAGAAGGAAUUGAGUGGAAUGAUUCCGGUGUGA